AUGAUUUACGUAUUGAUUUUAUCCUUUAUCACUUUGUGCUCUACGACAGCCAACAACGAUAGCAGCAAAUCACGUGACAAGGUGAUUUCAUCAUUUUACAAUAGUAGCUCAUGGAGAAAAAGAUAUUUGAUAUAUGAAAUAUGUCUUGUAAAGUCUAUUAAAAGUUUGUUUUGGUGAUUAUUAAUAUUUCUUCUGGGGAUCUGUUAUAUAUGGUCAACCUUAAAACUUUCUGAACAAAAUAUCUGAGUGUCUUUGCCUUCUUUCUUUGCGUCCUCAAUGAGGUAUGUAAGGCUCAAAAGCAGUUCCAGUUUUGAGCAAAAGAAAUGUAAAAAAUGUAAAUCGAAUUUUGACAAAAGAAAUGUAAAUCGCAAAUGUAAACGGCGACCACAAAACAAAUACCUGAUAAGUAACGCUCGAAGCUCCACGUUAUCAUUAACGGGUCACGCAACUCUGAUCUAACAGGAAAUUCUUUCAGGAAAGUGGCUCUGUAAUCAAGUUAAACAAAAGUAACUAAGUAAUGAUAUUAAGAACGUUUUCUUCAUACAAAUUGAAUAAAAAGUUCUGCAUCUUCUUCCUUUUCAACCCAGUUUCAGCCAUUUUGCUUUGGAGGCCAUCCCGGCACAAAUGGACUACCAGGUAUGCAUGGCAUGCCGGGAUCUGCUGGUGCACCCGGCCGUGAUGGACGAGAUGGAGUCAAAGGAGACCAGGGCAACUCAGGGAAGACUGGGCCCCAGGGACCACCUGGUGCAAAUGGAAUGAAAGGGGUGAAGGGAGAACCUGGGAUCCAGGGUCCUGCAGGCCAAAAGGGAGACCAGGGGGACAAAGGCGACAAUGGAUCUGCUCGACUGGCUUCAUACAUGAACUGGAAGGAGUGUGUCUGGAAAAGACGAGACGACAAGGAUUCAGGAGAAAUUUAUGUAAGUCAAGUCAUUUUAGUCCGUGAAGACAUUUUUUUACGAACUCCGAACGAAGCACAAUUUUUUACCCCUCAGAAUAUGGUGAAUAAUUUUUCUUUCUUUUUCACACAGCACUGUACCUUCAUGAAGAAGUACACAGGCACUGCUCUCCAUGUUUACUUUGCUGGUAACUUUAAAACGACAUCGUGUAGCGGCUGCUGUAGUCGGUUGUAUUUCACCUUCAAUGGCAAUGAGUGUAGCUCUCCUGGAACUAUUGACGGUGCAUUCUACCAGCAAACAGCAACAAAUCACCGUCACAGACACAUUGAAGGCCACUGUCAUAACAUAAAGAAGGGAACAGUGCGAGUUGGACUCUCAGUUGGAAAGUGCGUCACCGGCCACAAGCUUGCAGACUCCCUUACUGGUUGGCAUUCAAUGAGUCGUAUCUUCAUUGAGGAAGUGCCAAAACCACAGCAGUAA